AUGUUUCUUCUUUGGCUGUUUUGUGUUCUGCUUGUCACAACAGUCUCUGGGUUAGAUGGUGGUCCAUAUCUGUUUGCCAAGGACUCCAUUGGUUCUCCUAUUGUCUCUACGACGUCGGGUCAAUUUGUUGGCCUUACUAUUCGCCAGACGAAUGUUUGGAUUGGAAUUCCCUAUGCUGCCCCUCCUGUUGGGGCGCUUCGAUGGCAAAAAGCUCAGUCAUAUGUAAUGACCGACGGGCAGAAUAAUACAGUACGAAAUGCGACUCAUUAUAGUCCAUCGUGUCCUCAAAUCGACCGGGGAGGCAUAACUCCAGGCCCAUUUGAUGAGGAUUGCUUGUAUCUGAAUGUUUGGGCACCCCGUGCGCCACCACCAGCACAAUCGACGGGGUAUCCUGUAAUGUUUUGGAUUCACGGUGGAGGAUUUUUAGAGGGUAGCGCGACGCAGGUGAUCUAUGAUGGACUUAGUUGGACGAAUGCUGCUAUCCAAGCCAAUAACUCAUUUAUCAUGGUCAGCAUCAAUUACCGACUCAACGUUAUGGGAUUCUUUGCUCAAUCGACCUUAUUAGAUGUCAAUGGACAGACGAUUGCGAAUCAAGGUAUUACUGAUCAACGUGUGGCAAUGAAAUGGGUCCAGGAUAAUAUUGGAAAGUUUGGAGGCGAUAAGAAUUUGAUCACUAUCAUGGGUCAAUCGGCAGGAUCUCAUUCAGUUUGUAUUCAUAUUGUAUCACCAUUAUCGGAUGGUUUAUUCCACGCUGGCAUACUGGAAAGCGGACCCUGUGAUACCGUAUCCUAUUUGCGCGACAAGCAAUUUGCUUACUCGACAGCAAAUGAACUCGCUUCGCUUCUUGGCUGUAACAUGAACGACUCGGCUCAACAACUGAGCUGUUUACGAAAUGUCAGUAGUGACCUACUCGUGGCUGUUGCAGCCAAUGUGUCCAUUCCACCAUCGACUGUAUUAGCUUUCAAAGAUCAAAUCAAUAUUGGUGGGGUGCCCCCGUUCUGUUUGAUUGUAGAUGGAGUGGAAAUACCCGUUCAUCCACUACACGCUUUCUUGUCAGGCGCUUUUAAUCAUGUGCCCAUACUUACGGGGGCCAAUCGUGAUGAAUUUCUCCUACGUGUUCUGUAUGAAGAUUACUAUCAUGGACCAAAUAGUGCUGAAGAUUACUUGACCCGUAUUCUGCCAGUUGCGACCUAUAAUCUGUCUCAAAUUCAAGCCUUAUACAUUCCAAGUCAAUUCAAUGGUAACUACUCAGAAGCAUUCGUGGCUUUAAUGUCUCAAGGAGGCUUUAUCUGUGGUGCUCGUCGUAUGGCUGGAUAUAUGGCUGGAAAGCCGACAUAUCUCUACACAUACACUCAUACACCAGAGUUCAUCUAUUUGUCGUUACCGUACUUGGUGAUUCGACCUGGUGCAUAUCAUACGGCCGAAUUGUUUAGUUUGUUCCAAACACUGGCGGAUUCACUUUAUGGAAACAGCAUUUUUGAAGCAGAUGAAUUAUCUUUGGCUACAUCUGUUCGUCAGUACUGGACGAAUAUGAUUACAAAGGGUCAACCUAAUGAUAAUUUUAGCUUGACAUGGCCUCAAUAUUCAUCUGCAACCGAUCAGGCUUUAGUUCUCAAUAUGAACAUAACCACCACUGCUUUCAUUGAUAUUUAUCCAAACUGCGACAUCAUAUCAGAUGAGCAGGUCAAAGUGUAUGGAGAAUAUCUCGGCUUAAAUGUCACAUGUACUGUGGGAAACAAGUGCUUUAUCAUUGAUUCUGCUACAUCCACCGCUCCAACUACUACUAGCAAAACUCUAGAGUUUAAUUUAUUCGUUUUGCUUCUUUCGUGCGCUGUACUGUUAUUAGUACCUACUAGAUAG